AACAACAACAAAAAAAGCUAUCUUAGAUCAAGGUUCGGUAUUUCAGUAUCACCCCAUCACAAGUGGAUCUAGGCCAGAUCUAUGACUAUGUUAUCAUCUAGAUCUAUUAGAUUGAUUUAAAUGCAGAGCACCGCACAGCCACGAUGCAUCUACUAGUACUAGUCUAUAUCUAAUUCUAGCUCUAUCAAUUAUGACUCUAUGAUUAUGAUACUGAUACUACUCAGUACUGAUCUCUCUAAAAAGGCACUAUCCUUUUUUUUUUUUAAAUGAGAUUUGGUCUUAAAUAUUCUAGUCACACUUUUGUCAGGUGAAUUGAUGCUGCAGAGAUGGCAAACCUUGACCAUAAUAAUGAGGGUUGGUUUGACUGGGCCUACAAAGGGGUGGACCACUCGUUUCCGGGCAACGGUGGCAUAGCUUGUAGAGAUUUCCUAAGCUUUUCUCAACGUUGCUGGGAGAGUUUGGGAGCCUCUGCUGUAGCAUUGAUUGCUUUGGCGAUAGCGUACCCUCGUCUGAGGUUACCUCGCCCAUGUCCCUGUGCAUAUCGACACAGAGCCGAUCCCCUUGGGAAAAGGCUUCUCCUGCUCCUGAUGUGUUUGACGUUUGGAAUAGAACUUGGUUUCAAAUUUGCUACGCGUCAGAUGAUCUGGAUAGGAAAUCCUUGUCAUCUUGCAACAAUGCUGCAGAUAUUUAUGCUCGCUGCCCCUCCUAGUAGAAUAGUGACAGCAGCUUUCAGGCUCCAUAUGCACAUGUUGACAGGAGCUCCAAUAGCCAUUCUGUUUCCUGUGAUAAAUACUAGAUUGCUGCCCUUUGAAACCAGUGUUUAUUUCCUUCAACAUUUCCUAAUGCUGAUAAUACCAUUUUAUUUAAUGAGUUUGGGUGAUCCGUAUAUACCAGAGAGACUUAAUGAUUUCAGUUGGUCCAUGGUGGCCUUUGGUUUACUUUUUCUUUAUCAUUUUAUACCUCUCCAGAUGCUAGCUUAUGUAUCACAUGUAAAUUUGAAUAACAUGCUGUGCCCUGCUGUCUCUGACCCAUUCCAUGGAAAAUUUUAUCGGCUCUUUGCCAUGGUUCACCAGAUUAUUUUGAUACCUACACUUGGUAAGUUACUGGUCAUUUUGGCUAAGGCUAUCAAUAUUUUGCCAUGUGACAACCCGCCAGACGAGUGCUUUCUGUCUUACGCUUGGAACUGUGAGACCAAAUGCUGUGACUAUUCCACAUGUUCUUCCAACGCCACAACAGAAAACAGCUGCCAGGAUACUGGGGACACCUCAGAGUUGGACAGUGGAGUCUUGAGCAGCGGGUGCAACUAUAAGUUGCGCUGUGACCCUUGCAGCCAAAAAAGCAGUGGCCUGUAUCCUCGGUUGAAGUGCUGCUUCUACUGCUGUGACCAUGCAAACCAUCAAUUUAACUGUAGCUGUAGUAUCAAUGAAUCAAAAGAUGUGGGUUCAGUUAUGCACAUUGUCAAUGGAAAAAUAAUCGGAGAAGUUUCACGGAAGGAUUCAGAUAAGGAAAAAGGAUUGAGGAAGAGAGAGAGUGAUGCUGGACCACAUAAAUCCCAGGAAAGAGACACUCAUUUAGAGCAACAUGGACCACCAGAUUCUGUUCAAGGAAGCUUAACAGACCCUGAUCCUGGCACAGAAGAAGAAAAACAUAUCAAUAAAACAUUACACUUGCCCGAGUCUAGUGAUAAAAGAAAUGGCCACACCAAAUCUCACUGAGAAGAUUAGAAUUAUUUUUCAUUUAAGUUAUUGAUUUCUGUUUGAGAGAGCCUCCACUCCAAACAAAUGUUCAAACUUUUUGACACUUCGUUUCCCUUUUUCCAAAUGUAAAUAAUUGACAAACAAUUUAUUUCAAGCUUUUGUGCAAGCAGUUAAUAGGUUUCAAUUGCAAUUUAUUCCCAUAUAUUUAUUACAAAUUUUUGUUGUUGUUGUUGAAUGAACUUGUAUAAGGAAACUGAAAGAGCUCCAACAUUCCUAUUUCAAAAGCUGUACUGUCUUUGUCUUAUUUACCCGUGCCAUGUGUUCAUUCAUUUUGUUGUCCCAAUGAUUAUGGCUCCAUUGUAGUAUUUAUACUGAUGUGCCAUGAUGGAAGAUAAACUUGAAAAAGAAAAGUUUGUUUUUCUUUACCUUACAAGGAUAUAUUUUACUAUUGUAUAAAAUGAGAUUGUGUACCAAGAAAACAUUACCUUAAAUAGUUUGAAUGUCCUGAGCAGUUCAGUUUUCUUUUAAAAGACAGAGUUCAACCCACAGUAGAGAUAUUUGAAUUUCACAUCUGAUGUGCACAGUACAAAAUAAACAAAAAGAAACGAUUACAAAUAAACAAUAUAGACCAACUCUCUAUGCAGAUACGUUAUUUGGAAGUAGAAGCGGUAGUCUAUUUAUGAAUAAUACAUUUGUUAGCAGAUGAAAACAUUGUUUCCUUGACUUGAUAAAACUAAACAUUCUUUAUCCCAUCUACAUCCCUCCACAUAUUUCCUAUGAUUGAACUGUUGUCCACCACAGCCUCAUUAGAGACGAAAAUGCACACUAUUGGUAAGACAUUUUGUCAGGCAUGGUUGAAAGUUUAGUUAAACUUUCUCUGUUAAAAUAAGGGCAGUGGACAAAUUAAAGAUUAGCUAAUGCUUAAAGGAAUGCAGCUUUUCUUUACUAGGAGUAUAAAAUUUAGUAGCACAAAAUCACAAAAAUAUUCACUAUUCAAUCCAAUCUCAUCAUAUGUUUCCCCUUCAAAAACACCCUCCUACUCAACAUGGACGGAUUUCUGUCACCUAUGCAACUGUGUGACUUUUUACAAAAUGUAGUGGAAUCUAGAUUUUUUUCUAUAGCAAUUAGAACCUACCAGAAAACUUAUGAAAGGAUAUAAUCACAUUAACUUAAGCAGCCAUCUGUGACAUUUUUAAGCAGUCACCUGUGACAUCUUAAAUCAGUCAGCUGUGAUAUCCUAAGCAGCAAUUUUCUUUUCACAUCAUCUAACUUGUACUCUUAGUGCAAUAAUUUGCCUGGCAUUACCAAUCCCCCGACCCCUUUUUUUAUGGUUAAAUUGAAUUAGCUAAUGUUGAUGGCAACACAAAUGUGUACUCAUAAAUCACUAAGGAAUCACUAGAAAUAGUAUUUUUCAGCCCAGUUGCUAUGUUGACUUAGUCUUGUGUCAGGUGGGUCUACAAUAUAUAAUAAUUUCAUACAUAAGGUGCAGAUUCACUAAUUAGCUUUGUUUACAGUGACAAACACAUUCCUUACAUUUAUUGUUGAAUAGUGCUAAGUAGCACUACAGAAGUAUCACUACAGAAUAUAAAUGUGUCUUAGGAUUGUUCUUGUAUCAUGGAAUUCAGUCUGUCUCAGUAGGCAACAAAAAAAAAGACUUUUGUGGUGAACACUCUUUGUAUGUUAACAAUCAUAUUCAGUCAUUUCAAUAUGCUAUCAAACAAUAGGCAACAGUUACUUCCCAAUGAUAUCUUGAAGUGCUAAUGUUUUAAACAUAGCAAUGUUUCUGCAUGGUAAGAUGAAUUAAAUUGUUUUCCAAUUUUGAAAAUGAGAUUGUAAUAGUAAUGGCAAUUUUUAUGACUUUAUAAAGUAAAUGCUUGUAAUUGUACUUGUUAGCAAUUUUGUUUUUACCAAGUCUCAAAUAGCAAUCCAAGUAUUGUAUAUUUGGUUAUUUAAAACAAAAAUAUAUAAUAUAGUAAUAUAUAUAGUAGUAUGUAAUAAUAAUCAAUAAUAUAGCCAGUUUAUAACUUAUUCUUUAUUUCAACUUUGACCUGGCAAAUCACAUAUUGGUUGUGAAGAUAAGAAUCUAAUUUAUUUCUAUAGUAGCUAUGUAAACAGUACCAGUACUAAUGUGCAGGACAUCAAAAAGAAAUCCUAACUGUUAGUGGUAAGUUAAUCUGUGAUAAAACAACUGAAGUGGAAAUUUUCUUGUUUCUGUUCAAACAGCCAUUUUCAAAUGUGUGGAUAGAAGUUUGUUUGUACAUGUAUUGCAUGAUUGUAGUGUAGAAUGGGAAUAGAACAUUUACUUUGAAACAAUAUUUGUGUUUUUAUACAUUACAUUUAAUAUUUGAACAAUUAACAUUGUUCAUUUAUGGGUCACAGUUUUAGAAUACUUUUUGAAUACACAAUUUUAGACUGUAAUACUGUAAUUAUUACUAUAAUUAUUAACUACCACUUAAUUAAAAAAAAAAAAGUUGUUUACAAUUGAUUAGUUGAAAAUGAAAAAAAAGUAAAAUUGCUCAGCUAGAAUAGUUAUAUGUAGCUGAACUACAACUAUUAGAUUUAAAAAAAAUGUGUUUUCUUAGUUAAGGCAGCAUUGGUUAUAGCCAUCAAACCAGAGAUUGUUUUAGCUAAACAAAGGAUUCUAGAUAAAAAAUUGUUUUGCGGGGAAUGGAAGACAGGGUGGUUGAUAUUUAGUUAUUUACAUUAAAGUGUUCCAGUGAUUUAAAGUAUUUUUUUUUUUUUUUUUUUAGAUUAUGCUUUCUAUUUGAAAUAUUUGUUUAAAUUGCUGUCACAAAUGUGCCUUUUUGCAUUGUUGAAAAACUUCAAUGCUUGAGAUGAACUAGAGGCUAUAAUGUGUCAUUGUACACCUGUGCCUGAUUUAAUUUAUGUGAAGGCCUCAUCUUGCUUUAAAGGCUGUUCCCACAAUUUUUCAAUCACAUUGUGUGUUUCAAUUUUACACCUGGAUAUUUCUUUCUUUACUUGUAUUAUUUUAGCUUCUCAUGACUGGAAGUUAUUUCAUCAUGACUAUAUUAUAUUUAUAUAUAUAUAUAUAUAUAUUAAUUCAAUAAUGAGAUGUUAGAUCGCUUGGACUGCUAGGAUAGAUUUUUUAAAAAGAAUAAUCGCCAUUUAGAAAAAAAUUCUUAUACUUUUUUUCUCAUGUUAAAGUGAACUCGUGUGAAGACUGUCAGGAAAAGUGUAAAUAACAUAAUUCAUAAAGCCAUUUCAGUACCUACAGCCAGAAGUUUUAGGAAUUUGAAAAAAAAAGAAAAACCUAGUGAAUAAGUUUCCUAAUUAGUUUUGAAAUAAAAAAAAAAAUAUAAGUGCUCAUUCUAAAUUUUAACACUUUGAAAAACCACAUAAGUGGCCCUUCUUCCACAUUGCUUUAUCAAGCUGUCAAUCAUUUUUGGUAACUCUGUGGGCCUCUUUAUCGUUUAAAAAAAAUUUUCUCAUCUUGUACAUGUCAGGUGAAUGGUGGCAGUCUUUAAAAUCAUAAACCUCAUGGUGUAGAUUAGAAAAAUAAAAUAAGAAUUUUUUUGUGGGUAUUGUGUACCCAGAACUAGUCAAAGGUUUUUAAAACCUUUUUUUAAAAAACUUUGUGUGUGUUCAUUUAUUAUAAGUACCUUUUUUUUUUCAUUUAUUUAUUUGUUGCAUUUAAUACUAGAAUCCUUUUUUUUCUUUAUGAAUAUUCUGAUGUUAUAUAAUUCUAAAUCAGUUGCAAUAGAUGUGAUUGCAGGAACUCUUUUUAUCACAUUAUAGUUUACAUUCAUGAACAGAACUAUUUAUAUAUUACACUUGUUAUUUCAAAGUUGAACUUGAUUUGUUAUAUAGUUAUAGAAUUAAUCCUGUUCUCAAAUGUAGCACAUGAACUCUUGUAUGUGCUCUUUUAACUUUUGUGCAAGUCUUUUGUUUUAUCAAAAGAGCAAAAUACUAUUUACUACCUUAAAGAUAAUGGAGCUUUUUUUCCCAUUUUAGAAAUAGAAUGUUGGUUAUAAAUAAACACAAAUUAUUAUUAUUUUUUUAAUGUUACUAGAGGAAUCCACAAUCCGGUUUUCUAUAGGAUGCGAUACUAUUGUGUGCAAAACCUGAUGACAAAAAAAAAUCAUACAAUACUUUGGAACUAUUGCUACUGGUGAGGAUUGUCAAAUUUGAGAAGCUUUUUAAAACAAAAGAUGAGUUAUGUCUUGGUUUUAUCUCCCUCAUUCUCUCUCUCUCUCUCUCUCUCUUGAAAAAAAAUGAAGGUAACCCUAAUCCUGAAAAUGUCAUAAACAUGCAUUUUAGAUUUGAAUCAAUAUUUGUCACAGUUUAAUUCAUCUACAGAGAUGUUCAAAGUUUCCUAAAGUGCCAAGAACACUCUUGCUCUAGCUCCACAAGUACAGAGAAUGUCCCUUAGUCAUUAGUCCCUCAGUCUCAGCUUCCCUCUGGUCUAGCUCAAUGGGUAUUUACAUUGUCUCAAGUCCCAAUAUGCCAUUCUAAAUGUAACUGGUGACAAGUAUUUUGUUGACUGUGUCCUAAGAGAUUCUCUCUUGAUAUUAUACGCAGAAUACUGUGCGCUUAAUAAAUUAUUUAUUGUCUACAAGAUUCUAUGUAUUCAUGUGUGAGUAUUAGGUAUUUUAUUUUGAUGUUGUGUUUAUAGCUAUCCAUUUAGCAGUAUUUUAUUAUGCUCAUUGCGCUAUAAAUUGCUGAUGGCUGUUAAAGAAAGGUCUAAGGCUAGCUACAGUCCUUUGGCAUGUCUAUGCUUCAAGGCUUAACUUGGAAAUCUGAUAACAACUGUCUGAAGUUGUAUAUGAAUUGUAUUUUAUUUAUUAGGCUUUUUUUUUUCUAGAUUGAUCUAUUUUUAUUCCAGAGCAUUGUUCAUUAUUAGUCAUGAGGUUGUACCAUGGCUUGUUAAAUAUUUGCUAUAACCAACAUUGAUCCAUGUACUAAAGCCUGUACAAAUAUUGUAUUCCCAAGUUUGUCAUUUUUUUGCACUUGCAGCCAUUGUUUAACAGUUCAGUAGUAAAUUAUUACACAUUUUGAAAUUUUACCUGAUAUUUUUUUUUAGAAUAAAUUUCCUGAAUGCA